CAUUUAUUGACGGUGGAAUAUUUUAUUUUUAAUUGAAUAUCGAUUUGAGCACGUUAGUAAUUUUGAUUUGUUCUUUUUGUUAUUAAUACAAAAAAUUACAAUAAAAUAGUAAAGAAUAAGAAAGACAAUGGAAAUAGAAUAAAGUAGAAAAUAUUUAAUGAAAAAAUAAAUAAACAAAAAUAUUCGCGCAAUCGCAUUCGAUUGUGAUUUUUUCUUUAUUGUGAAAACUUUACUACACAUUUUCUUUAAUAUAGGAGAGAAAAAAAUAAAUAAAAAGUAUUUUGACAGAUACAUGUAGUUGGAGAGUGUAUAAAAAUGUAAAUUACUGGAAUAUAAAGAAUAAAACCGCUGCUGUCAUAGAGAAAUAUUUUUCUCAAACAAAAAACAUUUUUUAUAAAUAAAAAGUGAUUUAAUUUAUUUUUUUUUUGUACAUAAAAAGCAUUAAAGAACAAAAAAUAUUAAAAAAAAAAAAGCAAUGCCUAAAUUGCUUUUCAAGGUUAUUAGAAAACAUUUUUUAAUAUUAAAUUCAGUGAAUUUAUUUUUUAAAAAUAAAAUUAAAUAUAUUGGAAAUAUAAAAAAGAAAAGAAGAGAUUUAAAAAUUUCAUGUCCAACAUUAUUUUACAACAAUAAUAGAAUUAAUGUAAUUUUAUUAGUAAAUUGGUUUUUAUUUAUAUUUUUAUUAUGUGAUCAUUUUAAAUUAGCUCAAAGUCGAAAAUUAUUAUGUACACCAUGUGAAAUAAAAUCAGAAAUAGGUAAAAAAAAUUCAAAUAUUAAUAAUGAUGGUUUACCAGCUAAAGCAUCAUAUGAAGAAUAUGUUUUUGAACAUCAAGUAACAAGACAACAAGCAAUUGCUGCAUUACGUAUGCUAAAUGAUAGCUUUUUUAAUGGUCCAACAGAUCCAGGAUGUAAGGCAUUUGAUUGUGAAAAACAUAUGAAAUAUUGUUUAGGAACAUAUUUUUUAAAUGAUCAUUGUUUUUGCGAGCAAAGUCAUACAAAUGAAGGACUUCCAUUUGUUCCACACAGCUGUUAUGUGGGAGAAGAUAAUCAAGCUGGAACAAAGCCAUCAAUAGGAUCAUGUUUUAGAUUUGCUGAAAUUAAAGAAUGUUGUUGUUUACGACCACUAGCCCAAAGAUGGAAAUACUUGUCAACAGCAAGAAUCAUUUCCAACAAUUUAUUUUUAAUAAUAGUUUUACCAAUAUUUUUACUUUUGUUAAAUUAAAUAUUAUGAUUUUUCAAUUUAAGCAUUAACGAAUACAAAAAAAAUUCAUGUUAUUUAAUUGGCCAUACCCGAUAGGCGCUACUUAUUACUUAUGACAUAUAAUUUUCAGUUAUCAAUUUUGAUUAUAAAACUUUAUCAUGUAAUAUGUAGGUAAACAAAAUAUUGUUGAAAUACCAUCAUUUUAGUAAUUGAAGCGCCAUAACGACAUAAUGUAAUAACUUCAUUACGUUUCCUGACUUCAAAAUUGCAGUAGUACACUCAAUAAUUUAUUAAGCUUAAUACUUUUUAUAGUUGACAACAAUUUGAUGCUCGUUAAAUAUAACAUUGCAUAAUAUAAUCAUUUUGACGAGUCAAUCAUGAUUCCAUACCCUGUUACAAAAGAAAAAUUUACGGAAAUUAAUGUAACAACGCAAUUAUUUUUAUUCCACUGCAAAGAAAAUCAAUAAUAAAAAUCAUCAACACAUGUACGUCAAAUUAUAUGAGGAGUAGGAAAAGUACUUUUAUAAACUUUAAUUAGUGAAUUGUGUAGCACUAAAAGUAUUAGGACAAUUUUGAAGUUAGGGAUUACAUUUACGUUAUGUCACACAUAUAACGGUUACAACAUCUGUACAUGUUUAUUUGUAUGUAAUCAAUAGUAUUUUUUAUCUGGAAAUUAUUGAAAUAUUGAUAAAAUUUUUUAAAAUAGAAAAAUAAGAAUUUAGAUUAAGAAUAAAUAUUAAAAGAUAAAAUAAUUAUCACAAAUUAUCUUGGUAUUAUGGCACUUAAUGAAACAUAAAUCACAUGGAAUAAUUUAUUUGUAUACUGUAAAAAGCAUUUUCAUAUUUGUGAAGUCAGAAAUUUAGAACUUAUUUUAUUCAGGUAGAUAAAUUUAAUUGCUGAUUAAAGUAAAUUAAAAAUUUUUACAUUUCUCUUGAUUCUUGAUCAAAUCAAGGAAUAUUAUGAAUAGCUUUCUGUUCGAUAUUUUAAAAUUAAUUUAAUAUUUUCACAAAUUUUUAAUGCUUCCACAAAAUUUUAACUUUUAUAAAAAUUUUUGUAUCCAAAAUACAAAAUUAAUUAUAAUUACAGUCAUUAGAAAUAAUUUAAUUUAAUUUUGAAAUGUAAAAAGUCGAAAACAAACAUACUUGACGUAUGUAUGUUCCAAAAUAUUUUUAAAUUUAUAAAUUGUAUUUUUAAUAAUUUAAUAAUGAAAUAAUUAUGACCCAUGUAUUUUAAUAAUAAAAUUUAAAAUUUUAUAAUUUAUUUAAGAUUUCAAUAUAAAUAAUAAAUAGAUAUUACACUAAUGUAACUUAUAUGUACGUAUAUGUUAUGCAUGUACAAUAGAAAUUUAGAAACCGAUUUAAAUAAUUAGAGAUAAGCUAUCUAUUUUAAUAUAGAUUUAUUAAAAUUGUCAUAAUUAUUAUAAUGUAUGUAAUUAAUUACAUGUAUUAAAGCUCCCUUUAUUUUUUGGACAUUGGCUGUGGAUGAAAAAAAAAAAAUAAAACCUUGAAAUAAUAAAUAAUUUAAUGUAUAAACCUAGUAUAUGAAUGAAUCUACCAUACCAAAUACAUAAAUUGUUUAAAUGUUUUUAUGAAUUUACCUUUAAUAAUAUUAUUUUAUUUAAUUAUUUGACUAAAAAGUAAAAUAAGCUGACAUAUUGAUUUGUUUGUAGGAACCAAUUAUAUCACGAAAAUUGGAUAUUGUAUAGUUCAAGCAUGUAGUAUCUUUUUUAAUUGUAUAAACGAAUAAAAUACGUACGUAUAUGGAA